CAACAACAUGGGUUUUUGAUCAACCGAUUAUACGAUAAGUCUUGGAGGAAAGGCCGGUGCGGACUGCGAUCAUCGAAAAUUUGAAUGCUAGGCUUGUGGCAUCUUUGGUGAAUGCAACAGUGAUCUGAACCCAAGGUAGGGUCGAUUGUCUAGCAGCCAUGGCAUUACGCGCGCCUCACUCGGCGUGCAACGUUCUCAGCACAUCUUCAUUUUUUCGGACAUCACAACAACUACGAGUCACCCGAAACAUUAAUGCCUCGCUGCUUCGAUACUCUGCCACAUCUGCUCAACGCAAAAUCCAAUAUGCGCCGCCUCAGACCGGCCUGCUGUCUCUCCUGCCACGAUCUGCCGUUCCUUAUGCCGAGCUCAUCCGUCUCGACAAACCCGCCGGCACAUAUUACCUUUUCCUACCCUGUCUCUUCAGCACGCUGCUGGCCGCACCAUUCGCAAGUCCCAUAGCUCCACCAUCGACUGUGCUAGCAACGAGCGCACUAUUCUUCACUGGUGCUUUGGUCAUGCGUGGCGCAGGAUGUACCGUCAAUGACCUUUGGGAUCGCAAUCUUGACCCUCACGUUGCAAGAACUCGUCUUCGACCAAUUGCGCGCAGGGCAAUCACGCCCUUCAAUGCAUUGGUCUACCUCGGUGGCCAGCUCUCUCUAGGGCUCGCCGUUCUGCUGCAAUUCCCGGUGUCUUGCUUCUUCUAUGCUACUCCAAGCUUGCUGUUUGUCACGAUCUACCCGCUUGCAAAACGCGUGACAAAUUAUCCGCAAUUCGUCCUAGGUUUGACUUUUUCAUGGGGCGCGAUCGUCGGCUUCCCGGCUUUAGGGAUAGAUCUGCUUAGCAACACACCCGCGCUGAUUUCCGCCGCGUGUCUCUAUUCCUCCUGCGUCGCGUGGACGAUGGUAUACGACAUGAUUUACGCGUAUCAGGACAUCCGCGACGACGUGAAAGUCGGGAUCAAAAGUAUUGCACUGGCUCAGCAAAAGAACGCAAAGCUAUUCAUGAGUGCUGUCAGCGCGUUGCAGGUCGCGCUCUUGGCUGGUGCAGGAGUUGCAAUCGGUGCCAGCCCGGUCUACUUUGUGGGAACUUGUGGUGGUGCCGCAACGACAUUGGCCUAUAUGAUCCAGAAAGUAGAUCUGACCAACGUCAAGGAUUGCGGAGCGUGGUUCCGACGAGGUGCGUGGUUUACUGGAGGAGCGAUUGCGGCAGGUCUGGCAGGAGAGUAUGUUACGAGAUACCUCGGCGACGAGGAGUCGUGA